AUGGCGGCAGGAGCAACAAGAGGUGGAAGUUCGGGGAUAUUUUGGAUGAAUGACGUGUCAGAUGACGAGCCACCGUUUGCUUUUGGUCCCGGACUGGAUGGAGAAGUGAUCCCUCGGACCCCCUUCAACCUGGAACCACACAGCACCGGCUCAUUCAGUAGAGGGGCCACAAAGAUGCGGGUCGCAGCCAGACGUAGCUCUGGUUGCAAGAGGGGGGGCAACAAACAGGGCUACUUACAAAGCGAUCGCUCUGGGGCUUGUGCUAAGGAGAAAGUGUCAGUCCAACAAAGUGCUGCCCUGUCAACAGAGUACACACCAUCCCUGGCAUCUGAUGCUUCUCUCCCCCCAACACAGGUUAUUUCUACGCCCAGCAGAGGAAGCAGCCAGGUCUGCCUGAAGGACCUCUGUUCUGAAGAUAAGCGUCGAAUUGCAAACCUCAUUGAAGAACUAGCCAGGGUGAGCGAGGAGAAAGAAGAGUCAGUGAAGCGUCUGAAAGAUGAGCAGGGACAUUUUGAACAGAAAAUCCAACAACUGGAGCAACAUAACGUGGUCAUUGCAGAGGAGAGGGAGAGCCUGCAGCAGCAGUACAGAGAGUGCCAUGAGCUGCUUGGUCUCUAUCAAACGUACCUUUCUCAGCAACAGUCAAAGCUCAACGAGUCCAUUGCCCAGCUCAGCCAGGCACCAGCCCACAGCAAGGUGCUCGGCAGUGAUGCGGCCACCAGCAAAGCUAAUGGCUCUCUCUUUGAUGGCUCAUACCUCGGCCUCCCUGCUGCCCGAGCACGACAGCCUCAAGAGCACAGGAGUGGGAAUGAUCUCAGUGCGAGUGAGCUGAGUCCAAAUGAUGGGCCAAUAAAUAUGCAGAGGAUUCACAAAAAGGAGUGCAGGCAGCCACACGUGGAGUCCUGCUACAGAUGUGAGCGCUGCCAGGCCAGUGGUCAAGACAGUGGCUACGGAACACAGCAACGGAGAAGGGAUAAUAGCUCUCGUCUAGAGAAUGGCCAACAUGACGCCUUGAAUCCACAUGAUUGUGAAAGGCUGCAUAGUGGGACUGCUAUGGGCUCAGAGGCCAAAGAAGCCCUGACCAGGCCUCUGCUGGGUCAUGAGGGCUGGGAGGAAAAGAGGCACCAGCUGCUGCUGCAGAAAAUGCAGUUAGAGAUGGAGAGAGAGAAGCUGCAGGCCCGGCUGGAGGAGCAGGAAGAGAGGCUCAACAGACAGAAUCAGCAGCUCCAGGAGUCGCGUCUCGAUUACAGCAGGUUUCAACAAGCUGCUCAAGCUGAGCUCAGCAGCUCUAACACAGGGACUGGAGAUCCUCGGCUGGAGGGCCCCUCCCACCAAGAUUUACCCUCAAGUGUGCGUGGGGAGGCAGAGGUACAUCGUGCCGAACAGAACCUGCAUGGAAAAUGCUCACAACCGGCACCUGCUCCUGUAGAUAACGGUAUGCAGACACAUGAGCCCCCAGAGUCGUCCAGAAGGAACAUGGCCACUACAAAGUCCCCUGCAGGCCUGAGCAGGCCCACACCAGUGUCUGCCCUCCAUAAGAACCCUGAGGCCAGGUUGGAUUUCUCUCUGGUUGAGUUAUUGGAUAUCAUUAGUCCAGUCUCUGCCCCUGAGCCCAACAAGCCAUCCAAUCGAAGGACCAAAAUGACACAACAUAGGCCGACCCCUGCUACCCCCAAACCAAUGGGCAGAUCCCUGCUUAAAUCUGCUACGCCUCACCCACAAAGCACCCAGCAGGACCUGGAGGAAAGCCAAAUACUGGAGGAUAUUUUCUUCAUUCACUGACAAAGAAGAAAAUGAGAAGCACGACGGACAAGAUUCCAGUCACUUGACAUUUUCCUGUUUAGUAUUAACUUUUAAAAACUGUCUUUUACUUUUCCAAUCACAUUCGAAAUCAGAAUGAACAAGAUUGAGCUUGUGUUAUGUUGUAAUUCUGAAUAAAAAUAAACAAUUAUUUAUCUACGAAUUGGUUAUGCUUCUGGUUCUUAAUUUAAAUCUUUGGUUUCUACAGCAGGAUAACUGUUUACCACUGAGCUAUGUGAUUGUCUCUGAAGACCUUGAAAGCAUGAAUGCUAAAUGAACCUCA